AGCUUGAUAAAAAGCAUUCCCUUUAUGUGUGUGUGCGUGUACUUACUUGAGUAAGUAACAUCCUUAACCGGACAAAACAAACUCAGACUGUGGUUGCCACUGUGAUGCUCCAAUCUGAAGAGAGAGAAACCUGAAGAAAAAAAAAAGGGACAAGAGCCGUUACUCUCUUUCUGAGCAUUAUUAUAACGUUAGUUUAGAAGACAGCAAUGGCUGCUAGGUUCAGUUUCAGCUUCAUCUUUGCGGCUUCAUUGUUCCUCCUUCUUCUAGACUGUUGCUCAGGAAGUUUCAUUGGGAUCUGCUAUGGAAGAAAUGCAGAUGACCUCCCGACACCCGACAAGGUGGCACAAUUGGUUCAACUUCAUAAAAUCAAAUAUGUCCGGAUUUAUGAUUCUAAUGUACAGGUCCUAAGGGCCUUUGCAAAAACCGGAGUUGAACUUAUGAUUGGUGUUCCAAAUUCAGAUUUGCUCUCAUUCUCUCAAUUCCAAUCUAACGCCGACGCUUGGAUCAAAAACAGUGUCCUUCCUUACUAUCCAGCCACAAAGGUCACAUACAUAACUGUUGGUGCUGAAGUCACAGAAAGUUCCUAUAAUACCUCUUCAUUGGUAGUACCUGCAAUGAACAAUGUACUUACAGCACUCAAGAAACUCGGGCUUCACAAAAAGAUAAAAGUUUCCAGUACUCAUUCCCUUGGAGUUCUGUCACGAUCGUUCCCUCCAUCAGCUGGGGCUUUCAAUAGCAGCCAUGCACAUUUCCUGAAGCCAAUGCUAGAAUUUCUUGCUGAAAAUCAAUCGCCUUUUAUGAUCGAUAUAUAUCCUUAUUAUGCUUACCGAGAUUCACGGAAUAAAGUGUCUUUGGACUAUGCCCUUUUUCAGGCAUCCUCUGAAGUUAUUGAUCCAAACACUGGUUUGUUGUACACAAACAUGUUUGAUGCACAGAUUGAUGCGAUUUAUUAUGCACUCAUGGCAUUAAAUUUCAGAACAAUUAAGGUCAUGGUCACGGAAACAGGUUGGCCUUCCAAAGGGUCGCCAAAGGAGAAGGCUGCAACUCCUGAUAAUGCACAAACAUAUAAUACUAAUCUCAUAAGGCAUGUUAUAAAUAAUACGGGUACUCCUGCGAAGCUGGGACAGGAGCUAGAUGUUUAUAUUUUCUCGUUGUUUAACGAAAAUAGGAAGCCCGGUUUAGAAUCAGAGAGGAACUGGGGAUUAUUUUACCCUGAUCAGACAAGUGUCUAUAAUCUGGAUUUCACCGGACGAGGUGCGGUUGAUAUGACUACGGCUGCAAAUGUAACCCGGUCAAAUCGCACAACAUGGUGCAUUGCUUCAAGCAAAGCCUCGGAAAUUGACUUGCAGAAUGCUUUGGAUUGGGCUUGUGGUCCUGGUAAUGUGGACUGUACUGCUGUCCAGCCUAGUCAGCCUUGUUUCGAACCGGACAAUCUAGCUUCGCAUGCAUCCUAUGUUUUUAAUAGCUAUUACCAGCAAAACGGGGCCUCUGAUGUUGCUUGUAGUUUUGGGGGUACAGGUGUAAAAAUUGACAAGGAUCCAAGCUACGACAACUGCAUCUACAUGCGAGAUGGCAAUAACAAAACUUCGGGAGGUAACACAAGGGCGAUGUCGUCAACUUCAUCCUCCCAACAAAAAGGAAUUUGUUACUCUUCAAUUUCUAUUUAUCUUCUUGUAACUUGUCUCUUCAUUCUAUUGAAUAUUGAACAAUCCUGACAAGACGAGCUUGAUUGUCGAAAGUGCAGCAUGAUUUUGCUAUGUUUAGAUGUAUGCUGCGUUUUGGCGUGCGGGAGAAGUAGUGGUUUGUUGUAAAGCUUUUCAUACUAUGCCAGAAAUCAGAUAAGUGUAAAAAAAUCAUUUGCUGUUGUAAAAUAAUUAGAGCAGUGAUAGGUCUAAACUUCUUGCUACUAGUUUUAUGUGCCAACAAGGUAAGCCAAAACAGCAAGCAAGAUAAAUGACUUUUCUGUGAUUCAUUUUAUCGAGUCUUUUAUCAGAUUGUUCAUAGGUAUGUCGCAGCUGUUCGUUACCGCCUGGUGUUUCCAGAUUAUCGCAAGUGUUGAGGGAUAACAAGAUAUGGAAGUUUAGGUCCAAUUUUGUAGUUGGCCUUUAGGGAGUUUCCGUUUGAUUGCUUGCUCCAUUGAGCAUGGGUGUUUCAAAAGGGGGAACUAGUGAUAAAAUUAACAUUUCCAGUC